CGUGCAAAAGGCACGGACUGUAACGUCUAAUAAGACGUUAUGUGACCAAGCAAACAAAAGAAGUUGAUAUUGCCCGGAUGGCUUUGUCUAUGUCACCCACCCAUAGGGUGCUCCUGGCAUGGCUUUUAAGUAGAAUGUUAAGGAGACAGCGAGCCAUUGAGGAGGAGCCGAGGACCCCCAGACUUCAGGUGUAUCCUAAUGUGUCCCCGAGGGGUCACCUUGCUACCCUCUACCAGGACCUCAGACGACAUCCUGAGAAGUUCUCCCAAUUCUGUAGGGUUUCGAUCCAAACGUUUGACAAGCUUCUGGAGGAGUUGCGCUCAGGUCUGACCAUGCAGGAUACGAAUUCUAGGCAUAGCAUACUGCCUGAGGAGCUGCUGUUGAUCACCCUGCGAUUCCUGGCGACCGGCAAUUCUUUUGAGUCACUUCAUGUAGAAUUUUUACUCAGCAAAUUCACCAUUGCGGGAAUAGUUAGAGCAACAUGCGACCUCAUUUGGGAGAGACUGCGACCCACCGUAAUGCCCACCCCUACCGCGGAGACUUGGCUGGACAUCGCUUCCCAUUUUGAAGUAACCACGCAAUUUCCUAACUGUGUGGGGGCCUUAGGCGGGAAGCACAUUCGGGUCAGGAUGCCGCCAAAAAAAGGGUCCAGGCCCUACAGCCUUAAGAAAUACUUUUCGGUGGUAUUGCUGGCAUUGGCCGACAGUCGAUACCAUUUUGUAGCUGUACAUACCGUGGCUGAUGCGAGCCAAGCAGACCCUAGGGUCUUAAGAGCAACUCGAGCGGGACAACAGAUUCUGACAUCUCAGUUGUCCCUGCCCAACCCUAGACCUCUUCCUGGAUCUACAGGAUCUCCGCUGCCCUUUGUCAUCGUGGCAGAUGAGGCUUUUGCAGUGACCACCAAUGUGCUGAAGCCAUUCCCUAAGCGAGGACUGGACGCUAGGAGACGUAUCUACAAUAAUAGACUCUCCCGGGCACAACACUAUGUUCAGUGUGCAUUUGGCAUCCUCGGCAGCAAGUGGAGGGUGCUCCUGAGGGCAUUACAGCUGGAUGUUGACCUGGUAGAAUCGCUCAUAAAGGCAUGCUGUAUUCUACAUAAUUAUCUGCAUGUCCACGAGGCUGCUGAUGUUGAGGAGAGCACGCCCGUCAUAGAGAGAGCCAGCGACUGUUUUCAUGAAAUGCCCGAUGUGUCUGCGCCCCAGGUCAGGGACAUGUUUGCCGAUUACUUCAUGUCGCCUGAGGGCGCCGUUCCCUGGCAGCUUUCAUCCGGUGGGCAGUGAACUGGGGGUGUUACGGAUUUAACUUCUGUGUUGUGAUCUGUGUGUUUUUUAUUUUAAAAAAAAGUUCUUAAUUUAAGUUUUGUUGAAUAAAAUAUGG